AUCAUUUUAACUGCAGUUGUGAAAAAGUGGUGCCACUAAACUUAUUGAAUAAACAAUGAUAGAUCAAAGAGCAAACCAUCCAUUGUAAAUAGUAGUUAUGAUAGAAUAGGAAUAAUUUGAGGUGGAAAUGAGAAGUGAUAAAUGAGAUAGGAUAAUAGAACAGUGAAAUUAGGCUGUCCAAACAAAGAGCAAUAAGUUCAGUACUAAUAAGCUGGACCAUUAUAGUGUUGAAUGCAGUUUCUCGAAUAUAGAAAGAGUGAGAUCUAACAAUACCAAUUGUUGCUUUCUCAUAUGUAUGUUGUUGCAGUGUGAUACAAUUGCAGCUUAGAAAAGAUUUGACGAAAAUGGGGAAGACAGGCAAAUGGCUUAGAAGCUUCUUGACAGGGAAGAAAGACAAGGAAAAGUGUGCUCCAAGUAACCAAGUUUCUUGCAUUGCCAUUGAGAAUAAUCCAACAACUCCAAUUUCGAGUCUACAGACGACCCCAAAAGAGAAAAGGAGAUGGAGUUUUCGAAGAUCAUCAGCCACUGCAGCAUCAGCCGCUCCAAAGGACUCGAUUUCUACAGAACAGAUUGCCACUACGCCACAAGCGGUGCAGAAUGCAUUGGACGUUGAGAAUGAGCAGAAAAAGCAUGCCUUGGCAAUGGCAGAAGCCACGGCUGCAGCCGCUGAUGCAGCCGUUGCUGCUGCACAGGCUGCAGCUGCAAUGAUCCGACUCACCGCAGUUGCCAAUGGCAGAGUCACUGCAGUUGAAGAAGCUUCUGCAAUAAAAAUUCAAUCCGUUUUUCGUUCUUAUUUGGCAAGGAAAGCACUGUCUGCAUUAAAAGGAUUAGUGAAGCUGCAGGCACUGGUGAGAGGUCACCUGGUGAGGAAACAGGCCACAGCUACACUAAAGUGCAUGCAGGCAUUGGUGACGGUACAGGCUAGAGCUCGGGCACAGAGGAUCCGGAUGGCUGAAUUAGAAGCAAAUCCUGUUAACCAGAGGCAAUCUACCCACAGAAAAUCAACACAGGACAAUCGGUUCAGUCACACCUAUCAUGAGACGGAUAAAGGAAUGGAGGAGAAUAUUAAGAUUGUGGAGAUGGAUCUUGGUGAAUCAAAAGGAAGUUUAAAGAGCAGAAAUAGCUAUUCUUCUAACCAUACACAAAAUGAAAGAGAGGAGCAUAGAACAUCCACUUAUUAUGCAGUACAAUGUGCAUACUCAAAGCAAGACAACUUCCAGGCCUCUCCAGUUCCAUCAGCUCUGACUGAAUUGAGCCCAAGAGCCUGCAGUGGCCAUUUUGAGGACUAUUCCUUCACCACAGCACAAAGCAGUCCUCAGUACUACUCUGCUGUGUCCAAACCUGAUCCAACAAGAAUUCCUUUUGCAUUUCCCAGGCCAGAUUAUGCAGAAACUAUGUCCUAUGACUAUCAAUUAUUCCCAAAUUACAUGGCUAAUACAGAAUCCUCAAGGGCUAAAGCCCGUUCACAGAGUGCACCAAAGCAAAGGCCACCAGACUCAAUUGAGAGGCAACCUAGUCGGCGUAGAGUAUCAAUGGAAGGAAGGAAUGUCCCAAGGGCCGUGAGGAUGCAGCGGUCUUCUUCACAUGUGGGUUCUACUGCUCAAAACUACCAAUAUCCAUGGUCAAUCAAGCUUGACAAAUCCACAGUUUCACUCAAAGACAGUGAGUGUGGAUCCACCAGUACAGUGCUCACAAACACAAACUACUGCAGAUCUCUUGCAGCAUACGAUCCUCAUGGAAAUAGGUAUUAACAAUGCAUCUUUCACCACAAUAAUGACUGAAACUUGUAUAUGGUCCAACCAGAAGAAACAUGCAGAUACAAAGCAGAUAAUGAAAGCAUCAGCAAGGAAUGACCAAAUAUGGUGAAAUGUUUGAUAUAGAAGCUGCUAAGUUUUCUGACUUAUUUUCCCCCUUAGUUUCUGGAUUUCAGUGUUAUUGCAAGGUAGUGCCAUAUUGUAAGUCAAUUUUAUGUAAAGUCAAUAUCUUUUUUCCACUUGGUGUUUCUGCAUAUUUUGGCUGAAUGUGUUCCUGAGUUGAAAAAUGUAAAGUUAAGGUUAACUUCAUGAGAGACAUGAUUUAUUUGCUUUCUGAUUUGUCUAUAAAAAUUUAUGAAGUGUGAUUUUCCAGUCA